CAUUCCUAUAUAUGUUAGCUGUGCGUGCUCGAGUCACAGUCACAUACCCGGGAUCCCAGGACACAGACAACAUGUCAGCUCUGCAACUUACCAACCAUGACUUUCAUCUGAAAGAGAAUAAAGAAGCUCACAACUGCGGUGCCUACAUAGGCGAUGACCUGGUUGUACGCAGGGGUCAAGAUUUCCGCAUUACACUGACCUUUAGUGGACCUGUAAAUGAGCAAGAUAGACUGCAGUUCACAGUUUCUCUGGUCACUUCAUCAGGAGCAGGUAAAUCCCUCCUGGAGUACAGUUUCUCAGAUUCCUCAAGGGCAUCAGACAACAGUUGGUCAGCACAAAGAAGUGGAAAUGGAUCAGCUACCAUUACUGUGAACAUUCACACGCCGAAUGACGCUCCAAUUGGACGCUAUCUUCUUCACGUGGGGACUAAUGGGGGAACCAAACGCGUUGGAGAGUUUAUGUUGAUCUUUAACUGUUGGGCUCCAGGUGACAGUGUGUAUCUAUCAGAUCCGGCUGAGAGAAACGAAUAUGUUUUAGAAGAGUUUGGCAUUAUUUGUGUUGGGGAAGUCUCGAAUAAAAUCCCAAUCCCCUGGAACUACGGACAGUUUCAGAAGAAUGUUCUGUAUACCACCUUUCUCCUACUGGAUUCAACCUUAAGCUUUAGAAGAAACCAACAGGAGGAUGUAAGGCGACGCAAUGACCCCUCACAUAUCUGCAGGGUCCUGAGUGCCAUAAUCAACAGUAAAGACGAUAAUGGUGUGGUGAUGGGAAACUGGAGUGGAGAUUAUUCUGGUGGCAGAAACCCUAGCUCUUGGAAUGGAAGCCUUGAUAUAUUGAAGGCUUGGAACGAGCAACGACAGCCAGUUAAAUAUGGUCAAUGCUGGGUAUUUGCUGGUGUUCUCUGCACUGUCAGCAGAGCACUUGGGAUUCCCAGUCGAGUGAUCACAAACUACAGUUCUGCCCAUGACACAAAUGGUAACCUGCGUAUUGAGGAAUACUAUGAUGCGAACGGAGAGCCCGUGACAGAAAGUGAUGAUAGUAUAUGGAAUUUCCAUUGCUGGAAUGAGGCCUGGCUUGUCCGGACUGGUCUUGACAAAAGUUUUAAUGGAUGGCAAAUCUAUGAUUCAACUCCUCAAGAGAUGAGUGAUGGCAUUUUCCAACUGGGCCCCACAUCUCAACACGCAGUGAAAGAAGGGGAUGUGAAUACACCAUAUGACACUCGCUUUGUAUAUUCGGAAGUAAAUGCAGAUGUGGUUAAAGUCAUUGUACAAAAAGACGGAAAAAAAACAAUCGGAGAAACAAAUCAUACAAAUGUUGGACUAUUCAUCUGCACCAAGGCUGUGGGGAAUGAUAGUUACAUCAAUAUCACAAGGGAAUACAAAUAUCCUGAAGGUUCAUCAGAAGAGAGGCAAACAUACAAUAAAGCUCUGCGGUUGAUUGGUUUGGGAUCAGGAUUUGUACCAUUCUCUGCAGAUGGAAAUUCUGCAUCUGCCUCACGACGUGAAGCUGAAGUAUCUGGUGAGAUAUCAGUUUCUGGAUUGCCCAAGGUUGGAGAUGACAUUGAAGCAAUCCUGACUCUCAAGAACCUAAGUCCGAAAAACAGAAAUGUCACUGUCAAUAUCAGCGCAGCUGCCAUUGUUUACAACAAGUCUGUGAGACGAAAGCUCUUCAACCAUUCUGUGACUGUGAACCUCAGCCCAAAUGAAGGUAAUGGGCGGGCUGGACCCGCUUGUAUAUCCUGUAUUCCAAGCAAACGGAAAAAAAAGUUUGAGAAAGAAAUCCCUAUAAAGAUUGCCUACUCCCAAUAUGAAAAGGUCUUAACUAUAGAUAAUACGAUUAAUGUGACGGCUGUAUGUAGGGUUGAAGACUGGGGUGAUCUGGUUGUAGAAAAUUACAUUGUCUUGACGAAACCACCACUCAUAACUAAGGCGCUGGGGCCAGCUGUGCUGGGAAAACCAAUGACAGUAGAGGUCACAUUUACUAAUCCGUUAGCUACUCAUGUGAAAAACUGUGUGCUGACAGCUGAGGGCAGUGGGCUAACAAAAGAUGAAGUAAAGAAAAGUUUUGAUGUUGUGGAACCUGACCAGACAAUGAAGAUUACUUUGAACAUCGAACCUUAUGUGUCUGGACAAAAGAAGCUGCUGGUGAACUUCACAUGUGAUAGGUUUAUUGACGUCAAGGGCUUCCUAACCAUUGAUGUGACUGAGAAGUGAUAUUAGAUUUUUCUCAUGUGAAUUCCAGAUAAGGACUUGCAUUUUACAGCACAGUCACAAAAUUGUACGCGUCGAUUUUAAAGAUCUUACUCAUCUGCUCUUUAUCUAUUCUAGAGAAUAUCGUUUAAUAAGUUUUCUUUUAUAAACAUAAAAAAAUCAUUUUUUUUCUUGGAGUGACUGAUACUGUGCACCAUGAGAUCUUUCAUUCUCAAACACCAGGGCUUCUCAAGAUGAAAAAUAAAACAUAAUGGCAUUUUAAUCACGCAAUCCUUGUAGUAGUGCAGUGAAAAGAGAUUCAUUACUACAGGCUUAGAGGUCCUCUUCACCACAUUUUGCUGCCUCCAAACUGUACACUGGAACAUGCCAAAUUUUAUUUUUGAAUUCUAUAUAUGAAAUAUGAUCAAACCAUCCAUUUGCAAGCUAUGAGUGUUAUACGGUAGUGUGCAUGAGUGAUUUCUCACUGCUACCAUCGGGUACUUCUGCGCUCCACACUGUCUUCAACUGCAAGCUGUCCCUGCCUCCUUCCUGCUGUAACUUUAUUAGGGCAUUCAUACUUUCUCCAGGUCUUAAAGGGUCAGUGCACCCACUAGACCGAAACGUUGGCCAGUGGCUUAUUUUUUGGAUGGAUAUAAAAAUAAAAAAAGAUAAAGAAAUAAAACAAGCAACUUAAAAGCAGCUAUAGAGUGCCAUGUUUUUUUUUUUACCUGACUGAGUCAUUUGUCACUUAACAGCGAGUUAGUAGCCUGGUGGUUCCCCUGCAGUGAAGUUCAGAUCCUAGGGUGAGAAUCACUUGGUCACUUAAAUAACAUGCGUUGUAGUAGUAGCUCUAAGUCAAAUUUUCAGGGGCACAUUAUGUCCACACCCUCUGCGUCACAGUAAGCCACUAAUUCCCAAUAAUUCCCAGCUAUUACGAUACCUGUUACACUUUAUCAGUGUGACAUUCGACCUGCACCCUAAACCUAUGUGAGCACCGAAACACUAGCGCAUGUGCAGCCAGGAAAUUUGGCUUUGUGGUGAAUCAAAUUUUCGCUGAAAUUCAGAUCAAAGUCCUUUGAUUCACUCAAAACUACCCACAACAUACAAUAUUAAAUCAAUGAGUCAGAGCAACUCUGGAGGUUUAUUUUCUGUUUUAUGUAGUACUGCAGUCAAGGGUGGAGCAGCCGAGAGGCCAAUGCCCUGCAGCUUCAGGUCUGUGGCAUAGCCAGCCCCGUUAGUAUUCAUCAGUGCAGGGAAUACUAAUAAAGCUGUGUGGCUCUUCCGUUCAGUAGAGGUCGGGGGAGAGGAUCUCACUGCACAGAGAAAUUUACCAAAUAAAUUGAACCCCAAAUCUAGGCAGCAAGUUUACACUGCACUGUUACAUGGUUUGAAUUUUCUGUGCCUAAGAAGCUACUAAACAGCAUUGCUAUUUACUUCACAGGCAUAAUGUUAAAUAUAUAGGGGAUCAUUUACUAUGCUGAAAUAUGCCUAAAUUAAGCGCAUUUCAGGCGCAGAUAGUGGCACAACUAACCAUUGUGCCGCUAUCUGCGACUUCGCCCCACUCACGCCAGGUCUACAAUUGUGGGUGUGGCAAGGGUGAGGGAAACGGACUGGCAGGCCCAUCUCAUUCAUCAUUUUCUAUGCCUGUUUUAGGCGUAGAAAAUGGUCUAAAUGUAAGACCGCAUGGAAGCUGUCUUACAUUUAGGACUGUCGCUGGAUGCGCCAAAUUUAUGGAGUAGGAAGAGGGUUUGGCACUCCACUUGAAUAUUGUAGUGUGGUGCUCAGUGAUGGGGCGAAGCCCACUUUUAGUCGAAUCCUAGCAAAUCAUGUAUUCUGGUACUUCUAAACUUAUGGAGAGGCCUGUGCUUCUUUAUAUGUAUUUUCAGUGGAUCUACUGCCAGUUUAGAGCUUUAUUAAGACCGGUGUCUAAAACGUUGUUCUUAAUAAAUUUGCCCCAUAGUAUUAUACUUUACUAGCUUUUUAGACACUUUCCUGUUCUUUUUUAUAGUAAAAAGAAAGACUGGAAGGUCAAAGUAAUUUUUUUUUCAUAAAUCUUAAAGUAAAGGGACUAUUUGCAAGUCUCUACUAGAAAUAUGACUCUGAGAUGCUCUGCAGGGCAGGCAGCAAAUUUACCACUACACUAUAGACUGCAUUUUUACAAGGGCAUGAUUAUUUAAUGUCUAAAAAGCACUGUUAACCGAUUUGGUAUUGCUGAGCCUGUUAUUUUACUAAGGGCUUAUGCACAUGGCCGUCGGAUUGCGGGCCCGUUCACUUCAAUGAGUCUGCAAUCACGGAGAUGUGGAACGGAGGCAUGGAUCAGAACCCCAGGGAAGCACUACUGAGUGCUUCCGUGGUGUUUCUGCCCGUGCCUCCGCUCCGCAAAAAUGUAGUGCAUCGCGGACCCCAGUCAAGUGAAUAGGUCCGCGAUCCGUAUGCGUCUGCCCCAUGUUCAUGUAAUUUGUGGUCUGCAGCACAGGCCCGGCCAGUUAACGACCAUGGGCCUGAGCCCUAACCCAGAGAACAAAGUUAUUAUGUCACUUAUACUGCAAUGUGAAUGUUCAAAAAAUGUAAAAAUUUACAUAACUGAUGUGUGUGCUGCACCUGCAGUUCUAUUGUUUUGGCCCUGUCGAUCAGUGCCAUGCCUUGCUUACCUGCACAUUAGACUUGAUUGCUGAAAGGGUUUAUUGCUUGCAUUGACCCCACCAGCCAGCAUUAUGACCGUGCCUAACAGUUUGCUGACCUCUCCUACUUGGCUUGACCAUUCCUUCAGUUUGGCUAUGCCUACAACAUGGAGCCACUUCUACUCUUUUUUCCAGAGCCACUUUGAGUUCCCAAUUUGCCCCUGUAUAUGGUAUUGCAUUAUUUAAAUAUUUUUAUAAUUUUAUGUGAUUUUUGCCUUGACUAAAUGGAUUGACAUGGAAUGUGCUGUUUUAAAAUAUGAAAUGUUUCACCUCAGAAGCAUAGAAGAUUGCAGAAUGUCUGUUAUGUCUGGUUUGAGAAAUAUGCUCAUAUGAGGGUAGGACCUCUCCAACUAGAAAAGUGUCUGUGACAUUUAGGCUAGGGCUACACAGUGACACAUGUCGUGUGACUACUUGUCGCCAAAAAUUCAAAUAUUUUUUAUAAUUAUCUUUAUAAAUAUAGUCAAUGGUGUUGUACUGCAACAUGCUACGACUGUGACCCAAUAAGUUGGAUUUUUGAGCGACUGUCUUGUCGCCGUGUAGCCCAAGCCUUAGGGUUGGACAUAAAGUUAGUAGAUUGGUGGGGUUCACUGUGUAUAAACCCAGGGCAUCCCGUAGUAGUAGCAGCACAUGAAUCCUGAACACAGGGAGCAGAUAAUCUAAUAAAACUGAGGCCUACUGGAUGACCCUGGGAGCAGAAGAAAACCUAAAGGAGAACUCAGUAUAGGAAAAAUACUAGCUGCUGCCGACUGAGGAGCAUACAAGAGUCCAGGGUAUCCUCUACCAAGGAGAACAUGGGCAGAGAAUAGAAAGGAGUUUGAAGACCGGCUUUAUAUAUGAUGUGAACUGUUGCUGUUGGCCUAAAAUAUAUAAAUCUCUGUACCUGUACAAAAGAUUGUAAUCUCUGUCUGCAUUCAAGUGUAUUAAACCUGUAUUUAAAGAAACAUUUGCCAAGUAAAUGUCAACUGUUAGCUAAAACUA